AUGCAUAUGACAAAGGUCACCGCCAUCCUUGCCUUCGCCGCAAGCCUUGCCGCCGCCGCCCCGGGUGCCAAGCUCGCCGUUCCGGAGAAGCGCCAAACCACCGAGUUCGGUCCCUAUCCUGAGGACAGUUACCAGGGCAAGGAGAACAGCAAGCGCCAGACUACCGAGUUUGGCCCUUACCCUGAAGAUAGCUACCAGGGUAAGGCGAGCCAGAGGCGCCAGACGACCGAGUUUGGUCCCUACCCCGAGGAUAGCUACCAGGGACAGGGGAAUGGAAAGCGUCAGACUACAGAAUUUGGUCCUUACCCUGAAGAUAACUACCAGGGCAAGGACAACCAAAGACGCCAGACGACAGAGUUUGGCCCGUACCCUGAGGACAAGUACGAGGGCAGAACGAAACGCCAGACCACGGAGUUCGGUCCGUACCCUGAAGACAGUUACCAGGGCAAGAGCUCGAAGCGACAGACCACCGAGUUUGGGCCCUAUCCCGAGGACAAGUAUGAGGGAAACAGCAUGAAGGAGAAGCGUCAGACUACGGAAUUCGGACCCUAUCCCGAGGACAAGUAUGAGCGCAACAACAUGAAGGAGAAGCGCCAGACAACCGAGUUUGGUCCUUAUCCAGAGGACAAGUACGAGAGCAGCAACUCCAAGCGUCAAACGACCGAGUUCGGACCUUACCCUGAAGACAAGUACGAAGCCAAAAACUCUAGACGCCAGACCACCGAGUUCGGACCCUACCCGGAGGAUAAGUACGAGAGCAAGAACUCCAAGCGCCAGACUACAGAGUUCGGCCCCUACCCAGAGGACAAGUAUGAGGGUAACGGCAAGAAGGAGAAGCGCCAGACCACCGAAUUCGGACCCUAUCCCGAGGACAAGUACGAGGCCACCGACAAGAAGGAAUAG